ACUCUCGAGCUACACAUUUAACUCACCUCAUCAUCAUCACUCCCCCGUCCUUGAUCUCCUCUCUCUCUCUCUCUGUCGCCAAGAGGGCGCCGCCGCCACCAACGCAACGCGCGCCGCCGCAGAUCUCCGCCACCGACGCGCCGGCCAUGGAGUACGAGCGCAUUGAGAAGCCGUUCCCCGUCCAGGGCGGCGGGUUCUCGCCCAAGCGGCUGCGCGCGAUGCUGCUGGGGGUGGACAAGCGCCGCAAGGGGCAGGACGGCGCCGCCGAGGAGGACGAGGACGGCGGCGGCGACUACGGCGCCCUGCCGAAGGCCCACGCCAGAUCCGGCGCCGGCGACGGUGGUGGCGGUGGAGGCGCCACGUGCGAAGAAUACAAGGACGUGGACGUGGUGAGCACCACCUCAGAGUUCUCGUCCUCGCUGGAGACAGCGGGUGGGCACCGGCCCCGGGACGCUCACCCCGUCGCCACGGGUUCUAGGACCAGGGUGCCGCCCGAGGAGGACUCGUGCGACUCGGAGAGCGUGGCAUCCAACUUCGAGUUCCACAAGGAGCGGCGGGCAGCGGCGUCGGCGGCGGCGUCGGUCGUCCCUCCAUUCUCAAAGCCCGCCCCGUCAAAGUGGGACGAUGCACAGAAGUGGAUCGCCAGCCCGACGGCGAACUGCCCUGGCAGGGGUGGCGCGGCUCCUGCGCCGAAGAAGACAGAGAAACCUGGCUCCGGCAUCGGGAGGCUGCCGCUGCCGGCGACCAAGGUCGUGGUAGAGGCCACUGAGGAGAUAGAUACCAAGAGGAUGGAUCCGAGCCAGGAGAAGCGAGAGAUUGGGUGGCAGAAAGCGGCGAGGUGGGCCCCGCCCGACCCCUGUCCGGAGGCGGAGCCCUGCCCAACAAAGACCACACUACUCGCUGUAGAAACUACAGUGGCUGCUGCUUCAGCAGCUGUUAAUUUCAACCGCCAUGAUGCAUCCACCACGCUUCAGAGCGCAGCAACAUGCAUACCUCCUCCAACAACGGUCCGGUCAGUGUCGAUGAGGGACAUGGGCACAGAGAUGACGCCCAUCGCAAGCCAAGAGCCGUCCCGGACCGGGACGCCGGUGAGGGCGACGAGCCCAAACUGCUCCCAGCCAACGACUCCACGGAGGACGCUCGGUGGCCCCAGCGCAGUCGGCUCCUUCAUCAGCCACGGAGGAGAAUGCAGCAGCUCGGAGCUGAGCGAGCAGGAGCUGCAGACCAAAACCAGGAGGGAGAUCAUGCUCCUUGGCACGCAGCUAGGCAAGACCAGCAUCGCGGCAUGGGCGAGCAAGAAGGAGGAGGAGAAGGACGCCUCGCUCUCGCUGAAACCGGUGCCCAUGGACCAGUCGACGCAGAACAUAACCGCGAUCCGUGCGGCUGCGUGGGAGGAGGCGGAGAAGGCCAAGUAUUUAGCGAGAUUCAAGCGAGAAGAGAUCAAGAUCCAGGCUUGGGAGGACCAUCAGAAAGCCCAGAUAGAAGCUGAGAUGAGGAAAAUCGAGGUCGAGGUGGAGCGGAUGCGUGCCCGCGCGCAAGACAAGCUGAUGACCAAGCUCGCGUCGGCGAGGCACAGCGCAGACGAGAAGCGUGCCACGGCGGAGCUGAAACGGAACCGCGCAGCCGCGAGGACCGCUGAGCAGGCAGAGCACAUCAGGAGGACCGGCCGGGUGCCGCCGUCGUUUGGCUGCUGGAACUGGUGCUCAUGAAGUGCCCAUGGAAGAUGAGUCGCCCGUUGAGAAUGAGUCGCUUGUAAGCUGUUGUAACUAUAUAUAUAUAUAUAUACACACGUAUGUAAGGUGUGAGAUCCAUGCGUCCUGUGCUGUGGUGGUUACUGUGUAAGUGUCACAGAUGUACCGAAUUCAAGGCCGAGCUUGGAUUCCUAGUGCACAUAUGUGAUAAACUUCACACCAAGAGACCUCCAUGCUAGUUGUGACUGAAUUUGAUUUGUGCUCUACUUGAUGCUUAUACUAACA